ACGAACUCUCGUUCUAUCGGGCAGGGGCCAAUUCAACCAGGCGGGAUAGAUCAGAUUUUUUGUGUAACACUGAUUAAUAUUCCUUGCCAGGUGCCCUUAUUCUUGUUUUAUCUGUUAUUCUAUCUCCUCAUUAGUUGAAAUGAUUCCCCAGAAGUUUUUGUCGGUGGUUUCCACCACAGCUGCUCUGUUCGCCACUCCCUUUGCAGCUGCAACUUGUUCUUCUAGCAUCGCGCAUCCAAAAGUGCCCCAAGGAAAAGUCCUCGAUCUCACAGCAGCCUCAGUCACCAAUUACCAGAGUGGCGAUUCGACUUUGAGCUUCUGCAAUGUGACAGUCACCUACACCCAUCCAGGCUGGAAUGAUACAAUCCACGUCACAGUCUGGUUACCUCUGUCAAAUUGGAAUGAACGACUCCAAGGCUCAGGUGGUGGUGGUUAUGCGAUGCGAAGCGACGACGACACCUUGGCUGAAGCAGUUGGUUUGAAUUACGCAGUGGUUGCCACGGAUGGUGGACAUACACCGGUAUCCCCCAACUCCGAGUCAUGGUCUCUCGAUGCAUCGGGUAAUGUCAACAUGCCUUUGUUGAAAGACUUUGCGUACGUUGCGUUGAACGACGCCGCUAUUAUUGGCAAGAACGUCACCAACUCUUUCUACGGCCAUGGUCCGCGAUACUCGUAUUGGAAUGGGUGCUCGACGGGGGGACGGCAGGGAUUGAUGCUGGCGCAGCGAUAUCCCACUGCGUAUAACGGUAUCAUGGCCGCCGCACCGGCGAUUAACUGGCCUAGUUUUAUUGUCGCCGAGUACUGGCCUCAGUUCGUUAUGAAUCAGCUCAACACAUACCCUUCUGCUUGUGUUCUGGAUAGUAUCACCAAUGCCACUAUCAAGGCGUGUGAUGAAAUCGACGGGGUGAAAGAUGGUGUUAUUUCCGCACCGGAUCUGUGUCAGUUCGAUCCCCUCACGACCGUGGGACAGAAAGUGGACUGCAAUGGAUCUUCUGUGUCAAUCACCAAAAACGACGCCUUGGUUAUAAAGAAGACAUGGGAGGGACUGCGAUCCACAAACGGAUCAUUUUUGUGGUAUGGACUGGACAAGGGCGCGCCUCUGUCAGGCCUAGCUGGCACAACCUGUUCCUCGCCGUCAAACUGCACCGGGUCUCCAUUCAGCAUCUCCGCAGACUGGAUUAGUCGAUUCAUCCUGCAAGACCCCUCGGUGGAUCUGACUCGCCUAAGCCACGAAGACCUGAUCAAGAUCUUCACUGAGUUAAAAAUAUGCUAUAGCUCUAUCAUCGGCAUAGAUAACCCCGACCUGUCUGCAUUCAAGCAAGCUGGAGGAAAAAUGAUCACCUGGCACGGGCUAGCCGAUCAGUUGAUCUUCCCCAAUGGAACGAUGCAGUAUUAUAACAGGGUGGAAGAUAAGGACUCUUCGGUGCGCGACUUUUACCGCUUCUUCGAGGCUCCUGGUGUCGAGCACUGUCGGGGUGGGAAUGGCUAUGUUCCUGUUGAUCCUCUAGACUCGGUGGUGUCUUGGGUGGAAGAGGGGACAGCGCCAGAGACGAUUGCUGCGGCCACGACGGAUGGAGCGAAACAUCGCAAUUUAUGUCCUUAUCCUUUGGUUUCGGUGUAUAAGGGGGGUGAUGAGAAGGAGGCGUCGUCUUAUGAGUGUCGGAAGAGUUAUUCAUAGUCGAAUAAUCAAUUAUCAGCUGCAUACCACAGGCAGGACAGCACGUGGAAACCGUGCGAUCAAGUUAAGCAAACCCUUGGUUUAAGGAAGUCAAUUGGUGCCAGUUUUCCAAUAAGAAGCAUCAUUGGUCUAGUGGUAGAAUUCAUCGUUGCCAUCGAUGAGGCCCGUGUUCGAUUCACGGAUGAUGCAUUUCUUUUUGCAUUUUUUUUUGUUCUUCAU